CCCUGGCGUCAAACCCCACUCGUGGAAUCCGCAGCUCUGUCCCAGUCCGCUGGAUGCCGCGUCUUUCUCAAACUCGAGACGCUUCAACCGUCCGGCUCCUUCAAAUCCCGCGGUCUAGGAAACCUCGUCCUCCGCUCCAUGGCGCGCGCCACGAACCCCGACAAAGUUCAUUUUUACUCCUCCUCGGGCGGGAACGCGGGACUCGGUUGCGUGCACGCAGCCAAAUUUGUCGGAAGGCCGGCGACGGUGGUGGUGCCGAUGACGACGAAACCACACAUGAUCGCCAAAAUCAAAGCGGCGGGUGCGCAGAGUGUGAUUCAGAAGGGCGCGAAUCUGAAGGAGGCGGGUGAGUAUAUGAGGGAAGUGGUGAUGGUUGAAGCGGAGAGGAGAGGAGAGGAACCGGUGGGUGUGUCGCCGUUCGAUCACCCGGAUAUUUGGGCAGGGCAUGAGACGUUGGUGGAGGAGAUGAGUGGGCAGUUUGCGGCGAUGGGGGAGGAGGGAGGGCCGGAUGUGGUGGUCUGUUCAGUGGGAGGAGGAGGCCUCUUCAAUGGAAUCAUGCAGGGGAUGGAGAAGCAGGGAAAAGGGUGGGAGAAGACGCAGGUCGUGGCGGUGGAGACCGCAGGCGCGGAUUCGUUGGCCUACUCCCUCGAGCAAGGAGAGAUUUGCACGCUUCAGAGGAUCACGAGCAUUGCGACGAGUCUGGGCGUGUCGAGAAUUAGUGAGCGGACGUGGGAGUUGGCGCAGGAGGGGAGCAGGACUGGCAAAGUGAAGAAUGUGGUGUUGAGUGAUGCGGAGGCGGCAAUGGGGUGUUGGAGAUUGGCGGACGACGAGAAGAUUCUGGUCGAGGCGGCGUGUGGGGUCAGUGCGGCGUUGUGCUAUGGAGGGAGAUUGAAGAGGGCGUUGGGGAGGGCGGUGAAGGCGGAGGAGAAGGUGGUGAUAGUGGUGUGUGGAGGAUCGAAUGUGAGCACGAGGAUUGUCGAGGGGUGGAGGGACGAGUUU